GUUUUGAAGACAAGUCAAAGGUAGGAGUGUCAGGCGGAUCGGGGCGUCAAGUUUUCUGAUCAAAUCGAGAUAUAAUUAGCUUCGUCUUUUUAAGUAAAUAAAAACAAGCUGUAUUAAACUGUUGACAACUCGUGUUAAGUUGAAAUAAUACUUCGUGGAGGCGAAAUGGAGGCCGUUCCCAGGAUGCCGAUGAUUUGGCUGGAGCUGAAGGAAGCGGGGGACUUUCAGUUCAGUUCCCCUGUCAGACAGUACAUUCAAAUAAACUAUGGUGAGAACCCCGAGAACUAUAGUGAGUCACUGAAGAGGCUGGAGCAACUUAGACAGAGUGUGGUAAACAUCCCAAGGGAUUUUGAGGGCUGCAGCACUCUUCGAAAGUACUGUGGUCAGCUGCACUUUCUGCAGAGUCGUGUUCCCAUGGCAGCUGGUCAGGAGGCUGCAGUGCCCGUGACUUGGAUUGACAUCUUCUCAGGGAGGAAUAUCACACAUGAUGAUAUUAACUAUGAGCAGGCUUGUGUCUUGUAUAACCUGGGUGCAUUGCACUCGCUGCUGGGAGCUGUGGAUAACCGCCUGUCUGAAGAGGGGAUGAAGGUGUCCUGUACCCAUUUCCAGUGUUCUGCCGGGGCUUUUGCUUACCUCAGAGACCACUACAAUCACAGCUACAGCUCUGACAUGAGUGGCCAGGCACUGUCAGUCAACAUCAGCCUCAUGCUGGCACAGGCUCAAGAGUGUCUCUUGGAGAAAACUCUACUAGACAACAGAAAGAGUCAUUUAAUAGCAAAGAUUUGUGCCCAGGUGUGUGACUAUUAUAAGGAUUGUCUGAGGGUGUUGGAUAAUUCUGAAUGUGUGCCAGGAAGGAUUCAGAAAGAGUGGAGGAAACUCGUCAGCAUGAAAAUCAGCUACUUCAGGGCCAUCACACACUUACACAUGGGAAAGCAGUCAGAGGAACAGCAGAAACAUGGAGAAGCAGUCGCAUACUUUCAGUUCUCCCUCGACAAACUUAAUGAGGCAAUUAAGCAGAGCAAGGGUCAACCAGAACAUAUACAGGAAGCUUUGAAAUUCACAAUGGAUGUGAUUGGUGGAAAAUAUAACUCCGCUAAGAAAGACAAUGACUUCAUUUACCAUGAGUCUGUGCCUGGUCUGGACACAUUGGUGGCAGUAAAAGGUGCAUCUUUGGUGAAACCCCUACCUGUGAACCUAACUGAUCAAAGUGUCACUGGUCCUGACCUCUUCUCUAAACUUGUUCCCAUGGCAACUCAUGAGGCCUCAUCCCUUUACAGUGAGGAGAAGGCAAAAUUACUUAGGGACGUAGUGGCUAAGAUAGAGGACAAAAACCAAAUCCUUGAAAAAUUCAUGGAGUCUCUAAGCAGCGACUCGGUGUAUAAAAUUGACAUGUUUAAGUCUCUGCCUGACGCUCUAUUGGAAAAAUGUGCAUUUCUCAGUGUACGACCAGACACUGUCAAGAACCUCGUCCAGGCCAUGCAAGCACUAUCUAAUGUUUACACUGAUGUGGGUUCAUCUCUGGAUGAGAUCCAUAGUGCUCUUGAGGAAGAUGAGGCUGGAGAGAAGAGUUUAAUGGAGGUUGUGGGGCAGAAGGGAUUGGCGGCCAGAUCUGCAGUCUUACAGGAGAUACAGAAAGAGCUGAAGAAAUAUGAAGCUGCUCAUCAGGCAGCCAGCAAUACCAACACCGAGCUCCACAGAGCAAUGAACCAGCACAUACCAAACCUACGCCUAUUACAGGGAUCUGUUGAGGAACUUCGAAAGAGCCUGCCCCAGCCACAACUCAAUGAAGAUGAAACAUCAUCCUUGCAAAAAAUGAAGACUCUUCUUGGCAAAGUUGAUGAAAUGCGAAAGCAAAGGAUCUCAUUGGAGAGUCAGCUCCGUGACCUUAUUCAUAAAGAUGACAUCACGGGAGUCCUGGUAACCACAGAUCGUGCUGAGAUCAAGACAUUGUUUGCAGAGCAGUUGAAGAAAUAUGAUCAGCUGAAGGGAUAUAUAGAACAGAACUUGGCUGCUCAGGAUAACAUCCUGAAAGCCCUGACAGAAGCAAAUGUGCAGUACGCCCCUGUCCGCAAGACCCUCAUGCUCACAGAGCAACAAUGGAACGACACUGUGCAAUCCCUAAUUGCCUCAUUUGAGGCAUAUGAGGACUUGAUAAAGAAGGCUGAGGAAGGCAGAGACUUCUAUCAGGAUCUGGACAAGAAGACCACUGGCCUGUUAGACAAAACAAAGUCCUGUUGCCAAACCAGAGAGGAGGAGCGAGUUGCCUUGCUGGAAAAGGAGAUUGGAAAAGGGCCGCCUCCUAGACCUUCUGCCCGAAAGCCUGUGGUCGGCCAGAAAGUUGUUGGUUCUAGAACCGGCCCUUCCAGUCUUGAAUCUGUAGGUCCUUCUGUUGCCUCUUUUGAAGAUCUCCCACAAGAACUACGAAGCCUCCCUCCAAAUCUCAAUUUGCCCCGAGGUCCAGUAUUUCCCAAUAUUGUUCCCCAUGGUGGAAGCCCAUUUCCCCCAACUCGGUUUCCAAACCCCCAAUUUCCAACUACAGAUCCAAGGCAACAGCUCUCUCACAAUCUCCCACAAAAUCAGGCCCCUUAUGGCCAGCCCUUUGCACCCAUGCAAAUCCCUGGGAUGCCACCACAGCAGUUACAGGUAAGAUCAUCCGGAGGCAUCACACAUGUCCAUCCUCAGGUUAAUCAAUCGAACACCCCACAGGUGCCUUCUCAGGGGUACAAUCCAGCUCUCUGGCAGCAAGCUCACGGUGGGCCCAUUGCUGUUACAGGGGGUUAUUCUGUGCCUCCACAAAUGGGACAGAUUCCCCAAAAUUCCAUUAGGCCUGGUUUACCUGGACAACCCCAAGUAUCCUUGCCAAACUCUCUUGGGCAGCAGAUGCCAACUGUCAUGACUCCGUCUUCCUCAGUCCAACAGAUCAUACAGGGAACACAGUGCCAAAGCUUUACCACCCAGCCUAGACAAAGCAUCCCCUCAACCACACCAAGAAGUGUAUUUCCUGGGCAAAACCUUCCCCCUUUCCCACCUGGACAGGUCCAAGCUCCUAUGCCAGGCCAAACACAGCAACAGCCUGGCCUCCCCUCAGGUUACCGACCCGCAUUAGGUCCUCAAAUCCAACCCCAGCAUGGUCUACCUAGCCAACUGUCCCAUCCUCAGGGAGCCCUCAUUCAAGGACAAGCUCAAACUCAGCCUCAGUGCAGUCUUUCCAAUCAGUUCCAUCCUGGACAACUUCCACAAAACAGGCCUCAACCUUAUAUGGGGUAUACAUCUUUUUCAUCUUUGCAACCUCAGCAAAUCCCUGCACCCCAACAAGUACAUCCAGGCUCUCAAAUCUUUCCACAGGCACCCUUGAGCCAAAACUCCCAAAUUCCUUUUGGUGCUCGUCCACAUAGUCAGCCCCAAAUGCCACCAGGAGCUGUACCACCACAAAGUAAUAUGUACUCAUUUGCACCAACACACAUGGGCCAACAACCUAUGGGACAGCAGACAGUUCCACCCCAAUUCAACACCAUCUUUAAUGGCCCAGGGGGGCAACCCAUGUACACUCCUGGUCAAAGCCAAAUACUUGGCCCUCAAAAUGUGGCUCACCAGACAUCAGGACAAGCAGUGAUGGACAAUCCAGUUCCACCAUCACUUGCCAGCACCCUCAUUCCUACACCAUCACCAGUUCAAGUUUCAUCUCAGAACCAGAUCUCCACUUCAUCCUCUUCCACAUCAGGUGCUGCUCCAACUGACGAGAUGAGGUCCAACUCCACUACAGUUCUGGAUUUUCUUCAGAACAAGGUGGAUAAUAUCAGCAUUAAGUCCUAAACUGGUUGUGGAGUAGAUAAAAGCCUAAUUCAAUUAUCACAGUAGUCUCUUGCCGUGUCCCACAACAACAACUGUGCAAAAGCUGUCAGUGAUAGUUGGGAUACCACACAGAGCACGAUCAAAAAUGACGGGGGUGUCAACAGGGGGUACAGAAAAAAUAUCUUUUUGGUGAUUUGGAUCCUUUGUAGUCACAACACAAGAUCUAAUGUCUGAACACAUACUAACACUUGCCUUUUCUACAUGUACAGUACUAACACAGAAUUGCACUGUACUCUCUGAAUCAGUAAUUACAAAUUCUAACUUACCAAUUGUGCUACAAGCAAAUAGAAAACUGCUUUUGCACUGUAAUUCUAUGCAAUUCUCUAAUAUUAUAUGUCAAGUAUCACUCUUUUUAUUUCUAUUCCUAAAUAGCACUUUAGUCUGCACUCUUAGAAUGAUGACAACGAUGAUAAAGGAAGAGGUGAUUGUGGGUGUUUCUAUUUCUGUUUCAAUGUAUCUUCCAUUGUUUCAGAAACAUUUUAAUACCAAAACUCUAGUUCUUGCAUAUAAUUUUUGUGAUAAAUUGUAAACACUGCUUUCUUUUAGCUCUGUAUUAGACCAUAACAAAAUUUUAUAAAAAGGGAAAUGCUUUUUGACUGACUUACACUACUGGUUUAUGUGGAGAUGAUGCUUCUGUUUGAAAUUCAAUAUUAAACUGGCUUACUUAAAAA